AUGGAGGGCAUUCCUAAAUACAUCACUAUUUUACGAGAACCAGCUGCACAAAUAGAAUCGCACAUGAACUUUUUCAAUCAUCGUGAGCGAGUAAUGAAGGGCAUUAAAUUGUUUACUAAACAUCCAUCUAAAUUUGAAAAUGGUGGCAAAGCAGCAAGUCGCAACAAUCAGAUUUCGGAUUUGGGUUUAAUGCUAAAUAAAACAUCUAAUGAAACUACAGUAAACGCAACAAUUAUAAAACUUGAUAAAGAAUUCGACCUGGUUCUAAUAGCCGAAUGUUUUGACGAAUCACUUUUGCUGUUAAAACGUAUUCUACGUUGGAGUUUUGACGACAUACUGUACUUGAUAAAAAAUCAACGAAUGCAUCGUGAGACUAUUACAGACGAAUUUCGUCAACAAAUUUACCAGUGGUCAAGAGCUGAUGUCUUGUUAUACCAAUAUUUUAAUGGAACGCUAUGGAGACGAGUUCAGCAGUAUGGUCCACAGUUUGAGGAUGAUUUGGUUUACUUCAGGCGCUACCUUCAUGAAAUAAAUCGCCGGUGUGGUACGUCGGAAACGGUAGUUAAAAGAUUCAAUAAAUUAAAAAAAAUAGAAUACAAUAGUAAAAAUGGUUCUAUAUUUUGCCAGCAUUUGGCGUACUCCAAUAUGGAUUGGUAUAAACACAUAGCAGCUCGACAAGAUCCAAGCGGAACAACAAAAACACAUCUGUCGCAUCAUUGA